UGUCGUCAGUCUCGGGUUAAGCCGCAGGUAAUUGGUCAGCGGAGUUCCCCUCAUGUCCUUCUCAACUUUACAGCGUCCAUCUGAGACUCGGGUCCGACUCUGUGGUAGCUGUCGUGUGGCGCACUUGUCCAACUUCGUCCGGUGUCAAAAGCAGACUAACCGGCGGGGGUUACCGGUCCGGUUUCAAAAUUCAACCCGGUGGAAGUUUAUAAUAGGACGUCAUUGGCCGAAAACUUUCCGGGUCUUAAACUUUUCCCACCUCAAAAGUCAGUUUGGACAAAAAGAAAAAUGGCAGACAGCAUGGAGAACGAUGUCUCUUCCACUACUCCUCUCUUCACCGAGGGAGUGCACCACUACGAGGCCGAACCGGACCCCGAGUUGGACCAGCCCAAACAAGACCUCUUCAGCGUUGAUGAUAUUGUAGACUUGGUCGGCGGUGCUCAGGACGCCUUGGAGCGGCACAUAGCUGAAGACAGUGCGCCACAUGAGUUCACAGAAAGUGCCAUCGCUGCUCCAGAAGAGCCAGAAACGAUACCAGAGCCUGUCCCCGCACCAGAGCCAGAACCAGUGUCAGUACCUGAAGUAAUUGAACCUGAACCAGAGCCAGAACCAGAGUCUGUGAUCCCAGACUCAACCACCACGUCUUUUGUUCCUGAAACCCCUUUAAUUGUCGAGGAACCUGAAGUCGUUGCCCCAAAAGCCGAGCCGGAGAGUACAAAGAUCGUACCGGAGCCACAGGCUGCCCCCGAGCCAGAACCUGCCCUGCAGAGCGACGCCCUCCCAGCGGCUGAACCCAGGAAAGCUGCCCCAGCCCCCGCAGAGGCAGCAGAGCAACCUGCGGUGAAAGAGGAACCAUCGGCUCCAGCAUCUUAUGUACCUUCUCCUUCUAAAGCUCAACCACAUCCUCUGAUGCAAUUCCCUACAGCACUUGGGCAGAAGGGUGAUUCCCCUGCUCCCAUCUCUCCUAUCUCCCCUCUUCACUCCCCCGACUCUUUGGAGGAGCUUUCUUUGACCGAGAGUCCCAACCAGCCCCCUACUUCAGGAUACGCUGCACCCUUGGGCUCCUUCUCCACUGAACCCCCCACUACUCAUUCCAAGGACAUGCCUUGGGUGGGUGAAGAGGGUGACACUGGAACGGGUCGCAGUAAGAAUAAGGAAGACCUUCUAGAUCCGUUAGCUGGUCCUUACCUGAGUUUAGGGAAAGACCCAGGUCCUCAUAAUCCAUGUGAAGACAGUGGAGUUUCUUUUUCACCCGAGGAGAGGCUGAUUAGCUCAGACAGGUCGUCCACAGGCCCCUCCCCAGUGAACCCCCAGAUGAAGGUCCCUGAGUCUCACAUUGCCUCCUCUAACCCAACAGAGCACUGGGAUUCACCAUUCCUAGCAUCUCAAGACAACUCCAAGGUCUCCAUGGAUACCUUUUCCAAGGACACAGCUCCCAUUGGUUCUUCGAGGUAUGAGUCAGACCUGCUCGGCAACCAGUCUGAUGAAGACGAUGACCUGAUGUAUGAGGUCAAGAAGAAUAAUAACCCAUUUGAGGGAUUUUCCCCACUGGCAGACAGUGGAUAUUCCCAUUUUGGAGACUCCAAAUCUGACAGCAGAGCCUCAAAAAUGUCAGAGAGUCCCACUCCGGAUCUGGUCCAGUAUGGCCAGACUGAAUCACAGGAUGCUCCACCUUCUUUCUUAGACGAGGGGAAAUCAUUUGAAACUGGAAAGAUGGCUGCUGACUCUCUGAUGCAGUCAGUGAACCAGUUCUCAUCUGGUCUUAAAGAUGAUGAUGAAGAGGAAGAAGAGGAUUCUGCUCUACCACCUUCACUUCCAGACAUCCUGAAGUCUUCCCCACUCAACCCUGACAAAAUCGACUCUGGUUCCUCAGAAGGAAGUCCAGAGGAGCAGAGCCCCAUCCUUGAGCGGAGGAUGAUGGAAUCCCCAAACCCUCCAAUCAACCUAUCAGCCAACAACCCAUUUGCCUUUGAUGCUAAAGUGUCCCUGCUUAAGGAGAUGACUGAGGAGAUGGAAGUAAGAGCAGCUGACAAAGCAAAAGUUGAAGAUGACAAAAGCUUUGGUGCAUUUGAUCUUGUCAAAGAGGCAGAGGAGACCACCCCAACCAAGGUCAAAGAAGAGGUACCUGUCAAGAUUGAGCAGAAAGAUUGGUUCUCAAGCCACGAUUCUCCUAAAAUGAAGGAAAAGUUUGAGCCACUUGACUUCCAGAGCAAAAAGACCACUGCUGAGGACUCUGAUUCAGAGUCCCCGACAGCAGACUCCCUGUCUCCUGUCCUGGAAGCCAUGGCCAAGAACCCUGCCAGCUUCCAGGUGGAAACACAGAAGAAGGACGUGACAAUGGAAGAGCCAGAGGUGGCUGAGGAGGUCUCUGAGCAUGAAGUCUCCUCGGAGGAGUUUGAGUUCAUUGAGCGACCACCAAGGGGGGUCAUUGAUGAGUUUCUCGAGGCUUUGGAUACUUCAAAGUUUGCAUCCUCCAAACCCUCAGAAAUCCCAAUGGAUGAUGAUGACCUAAGCUUUGGGCAGAAGAAUGUGGCUCCAGUUUCUGCUUCAAAGGCAGCCCCAAAGGUUGAGGAGGAGUCUCAGAGUCAGAGCUCUUACCGCCUCCUCACCCAGGCCUCCCCUCAGAAGAGCAAGGCCGAGCUGGAGAAACUAGACAUCCAGCAGCCUCCACCUCAAGUCCCCCUCAUCCACUCCCCUGUGCACAAACCAGAAGAGGGAGCUGCUAAGAAGACCACAGAGGGUGGAAAACUGUUAAAGAUGCCAAACCUGAGCGUAAGAGCAGUGGUGGAUCUCCUCUACUGGCGAGAUGUGAAGACCACAGGCGUGGUGUUCGGGGCCUCCAUGCUGCUCCUCCUCUCCUUAAUGGUGUGCAGCAUUGUAAGCGUCUGCUCCUACAUCGGCUUGGCUCUGCUCUCAGUCACCAUCUGUUUCAGGAUAUACAAAGGUAUCCUGCAGGCCAUCCAGAAGUCAGAUGAGGGACACCCAUUCAAGCAGUUCCUGGACCAGGAGGUGGCUCUCUCUGAGGACAUGGUCCACAAGUACAGUGAUAUUAUUCUGGCCAAACUUAACAAGACCAUCAGUGAGUUGAGGCGUCUGUUCCUGGUAGAGGACCUGGUCGACUCCAUCAAGUUUGCUGUGUUGAUGUGGAUCCUGACCUAUGUUGGUGCACUGUUCAACGGGCUCACUAUUCUUAUUCUGGCUCUGAUUGGGGCGUUCAGCUGCCCGAUCAUCUAUGAGAAACAUCAGACUCAGAUCGAUCAUUACCUGGCACUGGUCAACAACCAGGUGAAAGACGUCGUUGGAAAGAUCCAGGCGAAGGUCCCUGGGAUGAAACGUAAAACAGAAUGAGAAAACGACAAGUUGGAGUUCGGAUUCAGGAAGUCCUGACAGGAAGAUGGUUGGACGGUCGGAGGGGAGGAAGGGGGUUGAGGGUGACUGGGUGAGGGAGGGGGAGGGUGGAAAUGAAGGAUGGCAGAGAGGAGGGGUCUGGCGUGGACGCAGCCCUUCGUACUUUAUUUGUCAAAAUAAUAAAACACUUUUUUUCCAGUUCAGAAUUCCUUUUUUGUUUUUUUUGUGUUUUCUGGAGAGGUUGAAGCGGGUCGGAGUUCAGCAACGUCGAGAUCAGCUUCAUGCUUUGUAUUUUUGAAUCAGCUUUGAAAUGUUUUUCUGCAAGUGUCUGAAACUCUCAGAAAUACAUUUUGAUCCUGAGCUUUUGCCCUCCCUCUCCCUCACCCCAGUGCAUUGUGGGAGGUCUGUUCUCCUUCAGGUUAUUUUUGAGAUUUUUUUCUUUUCCCUGCCCUCAGUUGAGUCGAGCGGUGAGAAUUUGUUUUCUUCGUCUGCUGUUUUUGAGAAAGACGAGCGCGAGCAGCACCUCAUUUGUAUUUUUUCUUAUUUUGGUAUGAUGACUAAGUUACAAGUAUUUUGUGAUUUUACUGUCGUGUCCCUCAAGCUUUGAGCUCGUUUCCUCAGUAACCUUCAGCGUGGUUUCGCCUCGAUGUGACGAAUGACGAAAUGGUGAACAACGUCUUUGACUCCUGAAGAGGCAGUGGGGAUGGGGUGGGUGGGGGCUUGUACUACCAUUUAAAAACUUCAUUGCUUCUGAGUAACUCUAGCUAGAAACAUCUAGAAAACCUUUGCCAGACAAAUACAACCAUUAAUUACAUAAAAAGUCGUUAUUUCCAUGUCAUUGCAGCUGUCUAGUAAUGAAAAACUCUGGAAGAAACACGUUUACAUUCAUCCAUGUCAGAUAAAAUAUAUAAAAAAGAAAAAAAAUGAAAUGGGAUUUAAAGAAAAACUAAAUAACCAUACUGUCUGUGAAGCCAAUAUCUUAAUAAAGUUGCAACUUGAUGUGACUUUGGGAAACCUUUGAGCAUUUGUUUGUUAUGCAAGUAUAAUUGUGAAUGAUAAACUUCAUACUUCAAUAGUGACGAUAAAAGCUUCCAGCUGGGAGCCGUGUUUGUGGAAUGCAUUGUGAGAUGUGAACAAUUAUCAAUAAAGCUUCUAGACGAAGAAA